AUGGCUUCCAAGCAGCAAACGGGUUACAAGUGUCGCAUAGCAGGAGUGCUGCUUUUCCUCUUCACCGGUAUUGCAGCCCUCAUAGCUGUCGCCGUUAUCCAGAAAACCUGGAGUUUUAAAGAGUACACUUUAGAGUAUGGCAUAGUGAUAGACUCCGGUUCAUCUCGCUCCAACGUGUACCUUUACGAGUGGCCAGGGGAGAAGGAAAAUGAAACAGGAGUGGUGACUCAGAUAAUGAACUGUAAAGUUGCUGGUGAGGGUAUCUCAGCGAUGAAAGUUGACUCUGAGAAGGAUGCUGAAUCAUGGAAAGCCUUCAAAGCCUGCAUGAAGAACAUCACCGAAGCCAUUCCUGCUAAAAAACACAACACCACACUUCUCUUUCUGGGAGCUACUGCUGGAAUGAGGCUGUUACAGGAGGAGGAUGAACAGAGGUCCAAUGAAAUCCUGGCAAGUCUCAGAGAAUAUCUGAUCUCCCUUCCAUUCGACUUCCAAAAUGCCUCCAUUAUUACUGGUCAGGAAGAGGGGCUGUAUGGGUGGAUUACUGUCAACUACCUCAAGGGAAACUUCCUAGAGAAAAAUCGGUGGAACACCUAUAUACGCCCUGAAGGGGCAAAGACAGUGGGAUCCAUGGACCUUGGUGGAGCGUCUACACAGAUUGCCUUUGCAGUCCAGGACAAUCUCACAGGGCCUGACUACCUGCAUGUCAAACUCUAUGGUUACCCUUACAAUGUCUACACACACAGCUUCCUCUGCUAUGGCAAGAAUGAGGCUGAGAAGAGGGUUAUGGAUAAAGUAGUCCAGGAAUCAUCUGACCCAGCCUACAUUAUCAACCCCUGCUACCCUAAAGGUUUCAACACUACCAUGAAGCACUCAUUCAUUUAUAACAGCGAGUGCACAAAGAAGCCAGACAACUACAAUCCAGACCAGGAAAUGUUCAUGGUGGGAACCGGCGACUCAGACAAGUGCGAGAGCAUAGUGAAAUCAAUAUUUGAUUUCAGGUAUUGUUCCUCAGCCCAGUGCUCCUUUGAUGGAGUCGAGCAGCCGCCAGUCACUGGAGAAUUUAUGGCAUAUGCAGGAUUCUUCUACGUUGCUAGAGCUCUGCUGAUGAAUGGCACAUCGUAUUUUGAUCAAUUCAACAGCGCAGUGACGGAAUUCUGCCACACAGAGUGGACAACGCUGAGGGCACAGAAGACAUGGAUCUCUUCCAGAUACCUUCGGACGUACUGCUUCGCCGCUCACUAUGUCUUCACUUUGCUGGCAGAUGGAUACAAGUUUGACAAUGACACCUGGAAAAACAUUCACUUUCAGUCAGAGGUAAAGAAAACCAGUAUAGGUUGGAGUCUGGGUUACAUGCUGAGUAUGUCCAAUAUGAUCCCGUCUGAAGUAAAAGAAGUCCCCCCAAUGGCAGACCCUGUCUUUGCGGGCCUCAUCUUUCUAUUCUCAGCCAUAACCAUUGUGACUGCUGUGUUAAUUUUUAUCAUCCUCAUUCGUACCUGCUACUGA